AUCCUGUUUUACCUCAGCGAUCACUUCAAGCUGUUUCUUGCUUGUCGUAACAUGCUCAAAUACAUUACCAAAAACGUGUAAUACAGUAGGCUACUAGAGCAGCCUGUAUCCAACGAACAAAACCGCCUGAAAAUGAACGAUUUCACUUCACUGACAAUUAAAUGCCUCUAAAGCCACACCCUCAUAGGGCUGGUCGGUAAAUGUAGGCUAACUGUUAUAUCAGAUGCUAAAGGUGAGUCUCCCAGAUAUCUCCGGUGUGGGAAAGUUGAGAAUUUACCUUUCUGAGUUCUCGAGAGUCAUACACUGGACGGAUUGCUCGCUGGUGAAGACGAGGUUUGCCGAAGAAGUCAAAGCAAGAUAUGGGGAUAGUAUAUUCAGAGCCCAUUUGCCAGGCUGCUUAUGAAGACGACAUUCACCAGGUAUAUCGCCUCCUGGUCUCAGAUGCCAAGAAAAUCAACGCCCAAGAUGAGAAGACUGGAGACACUCCAAUCAUCGCUGCCUGCAGGAGGGGGAGUACCAGGCUAGCCAAGUAUCUUCUAGACCAAAAUGCAGAUGUGGCCAUUCGAAACAAGAAACAGAGGACAUGUUUGCACUACGCCGCACGGAGAACCUUCUCUUUCCUGGACUACCUGAUGAUCGUUAUUCUUAUGCCAAUUUUACUAAUUGGCUACUUUAUAAUGGAGGAAAAGCAAAAGAAGAACCUUAAUUUAAUGGAGACAAUUUUGAACAGUAAAGUGGAUAUUGAUGCUAUAGACUACAAAGGGAACACUGGACUCCAUUAUGUCUGUCAGAGGAGGAGUCACAGGCUUGUCCCUUUGUUCCUGGAGAGAAAUGCAGAUAUUUCCAUAAAAAACAAGAAUGAUGAAACUCCCCUGGAUAUUGCACGGAGGCUAAAGUUCAACAAGAUUCUGACAAUGCUGAGAAAAGCGGACUGAAAGAAGAAAUGGAAAACUGGAGAUGAGGGGGAAUGUUUUCACCAUGGCAACACCCUGCCAUCAGGACGCCUUUGAACUACAGACUGACUGCAUGAUUAUUGGUUACAGAAAGUGCCUUGCUAGAAAACCUGCCUUCGAGGUCCCUGCACUAACAGUAGCAAUAGUUGUUAUUCAAUUGAAUUUUGGUUUCCCAGAAUACAUCUGGGCAAAGCCAUUUGCGAAAUGGUUAAGUUGGCAUUUGCACCAAGGUACUUUUAAACAUUAGUAUUGUUCUACCACACAUUAAGCAAUUGUUACCACCAUUUUGUUUUUAAUGAAAUUGUUUGCAUAAAACAUUGAGUUCUAUAUUUGUUUACAUUUCAUUGUACUAUUAAUAGCUACAGAAAUGACUCAAGUGUGACUAUAUUCUUUUAUUUUGCCAUGCGGUUUUAUAUUUUGUGCUGCCAUCAUAUUUUUAUAUGGUAGUGAAUAUACAGCUUUAAUAAAUUAUAUUGACACACCA